AUGGCGGAGGCUGAGGGGGUGGCUACUACCCCAGGCCCGGCUUCGGGGUCGACUUUCAGGGGCCGCCGAGAUGUGUCAGGCUCCUGGAAGCGGGACCAGCAGGUUGAGGCGGCGCAGCGGGCCCUGGUGGAGGUGCUGGGGCCUUACGAGCCUCUGCUGAGUCGAGUGCAGGCAGCCCUGGUGUGGGAGCGACCAGCCAGGAGCGCUCUGUGGUGCCUGGGGCUGAACGCGGCUUUCUGGUUCUUUGCCCUGACAUCUCUUCGUCUUGUGUUUUUACUUGCAUUUGGCUUGAUGAUCAUUGUGUGUAUUGAUCAGUGGAAGAACAAAAUCUGGCCUGAAAUAAAAGUGCCAAGACCCGACGCAUUAGACAAUGAGAGCUGGGGCUUUGUGCACCCUCGGUUGCUCAGCGUGCCCGAGCUCUGCCACCAUGUGGCUGAAGUCUGGGUUAGUGGGACCAUUUUCAUAAGGAAUGUUUUGCUUUUCAAAAAGCAAAACCCAGGCAAGUUCUGCUUGCUGAGCUGUGGUAUACUGACCUUUCUGGCUGUCUUGGGCCGCUACAUCCCUGGGCUUCUGCUGUCCUACUUGAUGCUUGUCACUGUCAUGAUGUGGCCCCUUACCGUGUACCACCGACUGUGGGAUCGAGCAUAUGUGUGGCUGAAGCCAGCUCUGCAGCGGCUGGACUUCAGCGUCCAUGGCUACAUGAUGUCCAAGCAGAGAGAGAGACAAUUACGCCGCAGAGCUCUACACCCAGAACGAGCCAUGGACAACCACAGUGACAGUGAAGAGGAGCUUGCUGCCUUCUGUCCUCAGCUGGAUGAUUCUACUGUUGCCAGGGAAUUGGCCAUCACAGACUCUGAGCACUCAGACGCUGAAGUCUCCUGUACAGACAAUGGCACAUUCAAUCUUUCAAGGGGCCAAACACCUCUAACAGAAGGUUCUGAAGAACUAGAUGGUCACAGUGAUCCAGAGGAAUCCUUUGCCAGAGAUCUUCCAGACUUCCCUUCCAUUAAUGUGGAUCCUGCUGGCCUGGAUGACGAGGAUGACACUAGCAUUGGCAUGCCCAGCAUGAUGUACCGUUCCCUGCCAGGGGCUGAGGAGCCCCAGGCCCUACCUGCUAGCCGGGACGAAGCUGCACUGCCGGAGCUCCUGCUUGGUGCCCUGCCUGUAGGAUCCAACCUCACCAGCAACCUUGCCAGCCUGGUCUCCCAGGGUAUGAUUCAGCUGGCCUUGUCUGGGGCCUCCCAACCAGGCCCUUCUGGCGCACCUGCCCAGAGAGCAACGAGAGGCUUCCUCCGGUCCCCUAGUUCAGACCUGGACACUGAUGCAGAGGGGGAUGACUUUGAACUUCUGGACCAGUCGGAGCUGAACCAGCUGGACCCUGCCAGUUCAAGGAGCCACUGAGGCAGAGACUCCCUUUGGGAGUCACUGUGGUUUAAGUUUUUUUUUCUCCCCAUCUCAUUUAAGGUGAUGGGGUAAGGGAAGAACUCAACCUCCCCUCCCCUGAAUUAUAUUUGUAUGCUGGGUGGCCUGGCUGAUGCUCAGAAGCCUGCUUAGAGAGGAUACUCACUCCCCUCCCACCAGCUGGAUGCCCAUUUCUGAGCUCAGUCUCUGAAGUGAGAGUGUGCUCCCCCAAUGGAGGCUUCUCUCCAUCAGGAUGGUACUUUGGGGAACAAAGUAGUUAGGGAUAUUGGUUCCCCUUUGAGGAGGUGCUGCUCUUUGCUUUUAGGUAUGAGUGCUCAGGGGCCCUCACUGAAGAGCCCAUGCCUUCCUCCCUUCAUCGCCUUCCUAGAGCCCCCAAAGUCAGGUAGCAGCUGGAGUAGUUACAUUGUCAUCAUCUUACUCUUUUUUUUUUUUAAGACAGUUUCACUCUGUUACCCAGGCUGGAGUGCUUUGGCGUGAUCUUGGUUCACUGCAACCUCUGCCUCCCAGGUUCGAGAGGUUCUCCUGCCUCAGCCUACUGAGUAGUAGGAUUAUAGGUGCCCACCACUAUGCCCAGCUAAUUUUUUUUUAUUUUAUUUUUUUUGAGACGGAGUUUCACUCUUGUUACCCAGGCUGGAGUGCAAUGGUGCGAUCUCGGCUCACCGCAACCUCUGCCUCCUGGGUUCAGGCAAUUCUCCUGCCUCAGCCUCCUGAGUAGCUGGGAUUACAGGCACGCACCACCGUUCCCAGCUAAUUUUUUGUAUUUUUAGUAGAAACGGGGUUUCACCAUGUUGACCAGGCAGGAUGGUCUCGACCUGUUGACCUCGUGAUCCACCUGCCUCGGCCUCCCAAAGUGCUGGGAUUACAGGCUUGAGCCACUGCGCCUGGCUAUUUUUUUUUUUAUAUUUUUAGUAGAAAUGGGGUUUCACUGUGUUGGCCAAGCUCAUCUCAAACUCCUGACCUCAAGUGAUCUGCCUGCCUUGGCCUCCCAAAGUGCUGAGAUUAGUCAUAUUCUUUUGUUAAACCAGGAUUUGAUUUUUUCUUUUUGAGACAGUCUUGCUCUGUUGCCCAGGCUGGAGUACGGUGGGGCAAUCUUGGCUCACUGCAACCUCCGCCUCCUGGCUCAAGCAAUUCUCCUGCCUCAGCCUCCUGAGUAGCUGAGAUUACAGGCAUGUGCCACCAUGUGUGGCUAAUUUUUUUGUAUUUUUAGUAGAGACGGGAUUUCACCAUGUUGGCCAGACCUCAAAUGAUCCACCCGCCUCAGCCUCCCAAAGUGUUGGGUUUACAGGCAUGAGCCACUGUGCCCAGUGUGUUGUUUUUUUUUUUUUGAGAUGGAGUCUUGCUCUGUUGCCAGGCAGGAGUGCAGUGGCACGAUCUUGGCUCACUGCAACCCCUCUGCGUCAGCCUCCUGAAUAGCUGGGACUACAGGCGUGUGCCACCACACCUGGCUAACUUUGUAUUUUAGUAGAGAUGGGGGUUUCACCAUGGCCAGGAUGGUCUCGAUCUCCUGACCUCGUGAUCCGCCCACCUCAGCCUCCCAAAGUACUGGGAUUACAGGCGUGAGCCACUGUCCCCAGGCUUUUUUUUUUCUUUAAGUAAAUGUAUCCUUUGGUUUUGCAGAACAGGCCUGCUCCCUCUCCUCUAGCCCAUCCUCAUUUCUUGAGGCCUGAACCCCAGUGCUCCAAAAUAUUGCUUGUGAAAUUUAAGAAACGUGAGUAUGAUAAGGGGAUGGGCCUCUUCUACAUUACCUUGGCCCUGGGGGGGAUCAGCUGGCUGGGAAGAUUAGUAAGCACCUCUGUAUUUUGAGGUCUCAGUCUUCUGGAGCUGUGUGGUUUCUGCCAACCCCUGGGUCCAUUUGGCCAUCAGCCUAAGCAGUGAGCAAAGCAAUACCAUACUUAUUUUUUGUUCCUUUUCCUUCCCCUGCUCCUCCUUUGGAGAAGCAAUAAUUCAUGGGGAAUGAUAAAGUAGCACUUUACAAAUGGCUCCAUGGCAUUCAUUCCAGGAGCCACAAGCUCCUCUUGCACCAUCUGUUCUUACUCCCUGUUCAGCUCCUUUACACUUUUUAUUUUCAACUACUUCCCCACUUGGUGGGGACUCUUUUAAGGAUGAGCCGAUAGUAAGAAUGUGGCUGUAAUCAGUAGAGACCCCUCUGAGGGGUAUCUGUUCUGCAGCCCCUAGUAAAAUCAUGUGAGACAAAAACCUAAACAUGGUAAUUGGUUCUAAACCUGUGCCGGUCUAUAGCCUCUGCCUCCCCAAUCAGAGCUCAAGCCAAACUCUUCUGUCCUCUUUCCUUCUGCAUUAACCCUUUGCUGAUCCUCAGGGGCCACUCCCCCAACACCCCUGUACUUGGGUGAGGGAUGUUGGACAGAGCCUGUUUUCAUGUACUGCAGGUGGGGGUGUGCUGACAUGUUUGCUCUUGGUUGAUGGAGAAGGUACAGAGGCCAGGGAGUGAAAAUGGUUAACAGUGAGAAGGGGGAAGAGUUAGGUGUCUCAUAGUCAAUCAUAGUGGGGGUGGUCAUGGGUAACGGCAUCUCCCCACUUUAGGGUUCUCAGACUUUGGAGGCCUCUCUUCUCAAGUUCAGAUGUCUUACAGGUGAGCUCUGUUGUGGAAAGAACAGAGGUGUGGGGAAGGAGGGGGAUUUUGGGUGUUUGCAUGAGUGUGUGCUUCCGGCCCUGGGAGUUGGCAAGAGGGAGGGAAGGAAGGAGGGAAAAAUCUUCGGAAGAUGUUUCCUGUACCUGGGAGAUCCUGCUCUGAAUCUCCAUAGUCCUCCACUGUGAACUGAGGAGGGGAGGGGUGUGUUGGGGAAUAAAUCUUGUAUGAGAACAA